UCGCCCGGGAAUCGCCUGACUAGACUAUUUAAACUGCGCUCACAAGUUUCAACCACCAAGUAUUCUUUAUCUCUCGCUGUAGCUAACAAGUUUUGUACGAUGAAGUUCCAUUAUGGAUGGAUAAUAUUCUGUUUCAUCUUACAUUCAAAGUUCAACAAUGCAAAACUUUUACUAGUUCAAGUUCUAGCGCAUCACACAGAGUGCAAUCCACAUCCAGGCGUCAUCAAUUCGUUAUUUCCUCACAUGCCUGACAUCAUCAAUAGUUCUUACAUACUGGAGGGCCCCAGCCAGUUGACGAGCAAUGGGAAAAUGGAUGCAUGGAAAUUAGGAGUCUACUUCCGUCAGACCUAUGAAGAUUUAUAUUACCAUAGCAGAAUUUAUUUCCGUCCAGAGCGUGUAGACGCGCCAUUAGAAACAACCUGUCUCAUGGCGCGCGGAAUAUUUCUAAAGAAUUCUCUCGACGAUAACUGUGUCGAAUUGAAAAAUAGAAACAACUUAUGGUUCGAUAUAAAUUACUUGAAAAUGGAUCCACUGUACAGUGGCUGGUUCAAAUGUCUAGAUCCAGUUGGAUUUGGUCAAAUCCCGCCUGAAGACGUAAAUAAAAACCUGGAAGCCGCUUACGAGUACAUGUUCAAUCAGACGGGGAGCAAAUUCGACAAGUUCUAUCGAAGUGGGAUCCUGUAUCGCCAGUUUCGUGCAAUGGAGAGUGUUGGCAUUACUUUAGAGCCCUGGAUGGAACGAAUAUAUCCUGAUGGAAUAUUGAAGAAUCUCACUAUUGAUGAGUAUGCGCAGCAGUCCGCCGGGUCUGCGAAGCUUCGCCUGAAUGGAGGUGCCCACAUCGGAAUUUUCUUACGCAAUGUUAACAAUUACUUGGAUGGUUUGGACCUAAGGAAACUAUUUAUUUUCGUGGGAGACGAUAUCCAUAUUGUCGGACUUCUCAAUAUUCUGAAAGUUUAUGACAACAACCACAUUCCUAAUUAUGGCAGUUAUAUUGUAUUAGAGUUGCACAAUAUUGAAAAUAAAUUGGUUGUCAGGGCCAAGUACAACAAUGGCACAUCUGUGACGGAACCACCUGCGCCGCUUGUAAUUCCUGGAUGUUCGGAGGAUUGUCCGCUACAGGAAUUUGAAGUAAUUUUGGGUCAACAUAUACUAUAUACACAUUUUCAUAAACUCAAAUGCAAUAUGUGAAGUAUUUGGAGAAUGUCGCUCAAAAUGUUGACUUUUAAUUUGACCUUUGUUAUGAUUAUAAUGGAUGAUAGUUAAAAUGAAUAAUUUAUUUCCAGUGGGUUAUUUGAAAUGUUUCGUAUAAACCGCUCAUUAAUUUCGUCAAUGACAUGGUAUGGUAUUGUGACGCAUUCGACGUGGGCUAUUAUUGUCGCGUAUUUGACGAAUAUUUGUUGUGAUGGAUGAAGACUUAUUCAAUAGUGUCUCUUGGAAUGUUUAUCGUAGAUCCGUUGAUCGGUGUUGUGAAGGAGAUUGUGUAGAAAUGGUGAUUAUCGGUUUAGUGUGUUUGUUUUUUUGAGAACAAAGAAUCCAUUCACUUUCCCCUUAUUUUCUCUUGUUGACGUUGAAAAUUUCAUUGAAAUUUGAAUUUUUGGGAUGAAUUUUUCAUGGGAUGAAUAUGUUUUGGGAUGAAAUUGUUUGGGAUGAGUUGUCUGGGAUGAAUUCAUCUAGACCCCGAAUGCAAGGUCUAGUUUUUCGGUCAAUGCACAAAGGGCGCCAAGUAUCCCACACACUUUUCAAUGGAUCGCACAAGGAUAGUGUGCAUCAUCUGGCCAUCUUUGUUCAAUGCCUAUGACUAAUGGAGUGGGUGCACUUCUGCCGCCGUCUAAGUUUGGAAUAAUUUUCGAAUAAAAUAUCUUUCUUGGAUGAGCUGUAAAUUUACAGAACACAUUGUUUCUUUAUUUUUGAUGUUCAAAUGUUAACACCUUCAAUUUUUUGAAAUGUUUCGAUUUUUUCUCUGCAACCGGCGACGGUGGCUGAAGUGGUUAAAUCGCUCGCCCGGACGGCGAGACCUGCGAGGCGCGGGUUCGAGUCCGGCUUGGGGCAGUUGGGAUUUUUAAUCUUUUGGAAACCGUCGAACGGAACUCUAGACACCGAGAAUCAUCGGAGAAGUGUUAGGAAAACAUUCUCGACCAAGCUUUUCCCAUGGUUUCGUUUGGUCAGUGGGAGAGUCUGUAUGUGCACUGAGAGA